UUGAUACACAGCUUUACUGCAAUGUGUACCUGAUAAAUGCUUUGGAGCGUCUGUUAUAUGUAACACUACUAUCUCAUCUACCAUGUCUCUUUGAAAGGUCUUUCAGCUUGUGAUCAUCUGAGGAAUGAUAUUGCACUGUCUUCAAUGACAGCAACACCAGUGAUUCUGAUGUUUGUUACAAUGGCAAUAGAUCAUCAUCUUGCAUCCUUCAUCCUUCUUCUCAUCAGUAACACAGGGUUCAGUGCUGAGAUCUCUGUGUUUGUGCAGACAGGAGCUUCUGUUCAACUGGAUAUACAGACACAAGAACUACCAGAGUUUGAUGAUUUAUACUGGACAAAAGAUCAAUCAGAGAAUAUAGUUAAAUAUACAAAUGAAUCUAAAAAAGUAAAAGUCUAUAAAAACAGAGUGAAUUUCAAUGAUAAAACCUUUUCUCUAACACUGAAGAACAUGCAGAAGACAGACAGUGGACUCUACACAGCAACAGCAAGUGGAGAAUCAGACCGCAUUAUUUCUACAUACAGAGUAUCUGUUAUAGAUGCUGUUGAGCCUCCUGUCCUGACUGUGAGCUCAAGCUGGUCACUACAUUCCUGUAGUGUCAAUUUUACAUGUAGAAGUCAUGACUUUAAACUUAGCUCCACUUUUGUAUAUGGCGGCUGCUCUAGAGAGGAAGUGACAUCACAAAUCAACACUCUCAUCCUGAACUGCAGUGAGGAAUCCAUCACCUGUAACCACAGCAACCCUGUCAGCUGGAAAGAAGACAGAAUAAACAUCACACAGCUCUGUGAAGGGUUCAGUGCUGAGAUCUCUGUGUUUGUGCAGACGGGAGCUUCUGUUCAACUGGAUAUACAGACACAAGAACUACCAAAAUUUUAUGUCUUAAUAUGGGCAUCAGACAAAUCAACAACAGUUACAUAUAUAACUGUAACAAAACAAGUGUUACCUGACAGUUCAUAUGAGAAUAGAGUGGAGUUUAAUACUGAAACCUUCUCUCUGAUACUGAAGAACAUGACGAAGACAGACAGUGGACUCUACACAGCAAGAUCAUUACAAGAUAAUAAUCAGUUCUUAGCUGAAUACAGAGUAUCUGUUAUAGAUGCUGUGGAGGCUCCUGUCCUGACUGUAAACUCAAACUGGUCCAGCAGUGACUCCUGUACUGUGAACUUCACAUGCAGAUCUCAUGAGCUCAUGAUUAACUCUAGAUAUCAGAACAAAAGCUGCUCUACGGAGGAAGUGACAUCAAAUGGGAUCAACACUCUCAUCCUGAACUGCAGUGAGAACUCCAUCACCUGUAACCACAGCAACCCUGUCAGCUGGAAAGAAGACAGAAUAAACAUCACACAGCUCUGUGAAGAACCAACCGUCACUACAGGAUCCAGCAGCUUUUCACCCGGACAAUCUUCCGACAUGGACACAGACCUGAUCUUAGCAAGGAUCAAGCAAGGACAACGUACACUCGAACAAUACAUCCGUGAGUUUUUGGCCAUUACUAACUACUCUACCCUCCCGGACUGCAUUAUUAUUGAACUGUUUGCUGAUGGCGUCAAUGAGCCACUAAGAGCGAGGCUGAGACGUGAGGGUCCGCGCUCUUCGCUAGUGGCUUUUAUGAACUUUGCGUUUUUGUGUGUGGGCUCGUCGUGUACUGUGGGGGUCGCGAAGGAGGUACGCGACAACGCAGACAGAUCAGCCGCGCAACCCUCUCGCAGAUUGGCGGUAACGCCGGAUCACGACGCCACAAACAGGUUUUCUGCCCGGAUCGCUCGUGAAAUGGCGGCCGUAACAGAGCGUGCUCGAGCGAUGGCGGCGUCAGCACAGCCCGCGCACAAGAUGGCGGCCGCGACGGAGCGCGUUAACGCGAUAGCGGCGACAGCGGUGCCCGUUCACAAAAUGGCGGCCGCGUCGGAGCGCGUCCACACAAGGGCGGCGACGGCGGAGCCCGUACACAAGAUGGCGGCGAGAACAGAGCUCUGUCACGUCACAGCCGCCAUACAAGAGCCAUUUAAAGUUGCAGUUACAUUUCCUGAGUCAAGUCAAGUUUCCAAUUUAAGUCAAUUUACAGCUGCACUUCCCGAGUUAAGUCAAGUCUCCAAGUCAAGCAAAAUUACAGCUCCUGUUUCUACAUCAAGUCAAGUCAGAACUGCUCCUCCUAAGGCAAGUCAAGUUACAGCCAUCUUUCCUGAGCCACUGCACAAGAUGGCUGCCCCGCCAGAGCCACUGCACAAGAUGGCUGCCACGCCAGAGUCUGUCGCAAGGAUGGCCGCUAAGCCAGCGCCCGCUAACGCCACGUCUGUCAAGCCAGCGCCCGCUAACGCCACGUCAGCCAAACCACAGCCUGCUCAGGACAUCUCCGUCAAGCCACAGCCUGUUCACGUCAUGUUUUCUGCUCCUGGUUCUACACCCCUCAUGGCCGCACUUCCUGAAGUGGUUCCUGAGUCAAGCAAAGUCACAGUCCUGGUCCCUGAGUCGAGUUACGUCCUGCCUGAAGGCCCCGAGCCUCGCCAGGUCUCAUUCGACAUUUCAAGAUCACAGCCUAUCAUGAUGGCCCACGUGCUGGACACUCCUCUAGUGACUGUAAGGGCGGCUAAAAUGGUGCUCCUUAAUGCCACGGCGGCUACCCCCGAAUCAAGUCAGGACACAGAAUCAAGCCAGGUCACGGCUGUGCCCUCGAGUCAAGCCAGGUCACAGCUGUUCCCCACGAGUCAAGUCACGUUACAGCUGUUGUUCCUGAGUCAAGCCAUGUUGUUCAGGAGCCAAGUCCCAUUACAACGGAUCUCCAUGAACCAGGCCAAGCUGCUGCUGUCGUUCCAGAGCCAAGUCAAGCUUCAGCCGCUGCUCCAGAGUCAAGUGAGGCUACGGCUGUCGCUUCCAAGUCCAGUCAAGUUUCCAAGUCCAGUCAAGCUUCCAAAUCCAGCAACGUCAAGGCGAUCGUUCCUGCGUCAGGCAACGUCAGGGCCGUGGUUACUGAGUCAAGUAAAGUCAUUGCUCUUCACAAGCCAGUUCAAGACACCGCUGAUCUCCAUGAGUCUCGUCCGACCGCCCAGACUCAAGUCACGUCUCGUCCGACCGCUCAGAGUCAAGUCACGCCUUGUCCGACCGCUCAGAGUCAAGUCACACCUCGUCCGACCGCUCAGAGUCAAGUCACGCCUCGUCUGACCCUCCAGAGCCCCGUCACAUCUCGUCUAU